AUGGGGACAGAAGAUUUCCUCACCAUCUGCAAGACAUCUCUGCAUGACAGCCAGCCCAGCAAGGACCAGGAAUUGCCAUUUCACUUCUUGCAGAAGCUCUUAACUAUGGAUUAUCAGGUGAGGUACCUGACUUGCAGGGAUGGGAGCAACUCAGGACUUACUCCCGUGCCAGAAACCACAGAGCAAGAGCGCAAACCCUCAGACUCCUUUGAAAACUUUCUCCAUGGUUUAAAGAGAGCAUCCCCUGCAGCUGCAACCAGGGGGGGGCACGUGCACCCAAUGGACCUGCAGAUGGCAAUUUUCCACUGUGCUGAUGACUUUAUGAGACAGUCCAUUGCAACCAAACUCGCCUUCUGCCAGCUGGCACUGCCUCUGCUGGUGCCCAAGCCAGGCACUGCCCAGAUCGAGUUCCCCCUCUGGGCCCUCAGCCAAAUCAAAAGGAGCUGGAAGGAGGUGGAGAAGUCGGGACAGCAGCCCAGAAUGAAGAGUUACAAUAACAAAUUCAUUUGUCAGGCAGAGACACCCAUCGUGUCCUUCAUCCGCAUUGGCACCUCUGCCUCCUCUUCCAAGUCCCACCUCCUCAGUGCUCUGCUGAGCAAACAUAGACACAACACUUUUUUCCACCGCCAUUGCCGAGGCAGCACCAGAGAGUGUUUGCUGAUGGGAGGUGUUGUGGAGAUCGCCUGGUACUGUCCCCGGGGAAGCCCGGAUGACACCUUUGAGCACUGUGUGGCUUUCUGUAACCUGCAUGGAGACGCCAGGGAUCACAGAGCACAGCUGCAGUUCUUACAGGAGAUCUCUGCUGUGAACGUGGCUCUUGUAUCCGAGUCUGAGCACAUGGACGACAGAGGGAGCAAACUUCUGCGUGACCUGUGGCAGUCGCAAAGGCCUCUGGUUUGUCUUCUCACUGAACAAGAGACAGCUGCAGCUGGACAAUCCAGCAAAAACAUAACAAUAGGGAUCAAGAACAGAAACGAAGAAGAAAUGUUGGAGGAGCUGAGCAAAACAAUCGGGAAUCUCCUGGAAGGGUCCAACCCACGUUUCAGCCUGGACGGCUGCCUGGACAAAGCUCGCCAGCACGGAUUCUUAGUGGAUGAAGAUCGACCCGAGUGUGCGACAGCCAAAGCAAAGGCAACGGAGCUGGUGACCCUUCUGAAGAAAGAGAAACUGUCUGAGAUCAAGUCCAAGCUCCUGCCUCUUCAAGGAAAACUGUGGCACCAGUGGUGCAAAAAGGACAAAGAACUCACGCGCUUGCAGGAGAAGGGGAACAGGAGCAUCGAGCACCAUCGCAGCCAAAUUGAAACCGAGAAGGCAGCAAUAAGAAGAAAGCAACUAGAGCAAGCUUUCCCCCUCAACCAACUGAUGAAACUAUUCCUUGGCUUUCUCCAUUCACAGGCAGCAGAUACCCAGAAAUACUUCCUGCAGUGGAUGAAGGUCUUUAUGGACGACCUGUCCUCUGGUCGCCUCUCUGAUGAAAUCAAAGAUUCCUCCAUUGGCCUUGAGCACCUUUUGAGAGAGGUAGGCCAGAUUUAUGAAGCUUUCCAAUCAAUGAGCUCAGAGCAUGAAAAUGUUGUCUACCUGCCCAAAAUUGCAGCAGAUCUGAUGGUUUCGGGGUAUCCUGUGGAGCUGAUGGAUGGGGAUGCUUCUUACGUCCCCCUGCGCUGGGUGGGAGCAAUCUUUGACAGCCUAAUUGAGAGGCUGGGGGACAAACGAGUGUUUGUUCUCUCCGUGCUCGGCCUCCAGAGCACAGGGAAGUCAACCCUGCUGAGUGCCCUGUUUGGGCUGCAGUUCAACGUCAGCGCGGGGAGAUGCACCCAGGGAGUGUUUAUGCAGCUCCUUCCACUGGACGAACAGCUGCAGCAGGACUUGGACUUUGAUUACAUGCUGGUU